GAGGUCAGCCCUCAGAGGUGAAGAACUCACACUGGAUGAAGACAAAAUCUUCUGGAACUUUGAAUCCAAACAGGUUAUUUCUUUUUUUCCUACACCACACUCACUACUCGCUUUGGGGCGAAGGUAGCUCAGUGGUAGAGCAAGUUGUCUUUCAACUCGAAGGGGUUCGAUUCCCGGCUCCGCUAGUCUAAAUGCCUUCCUUGGGCAAGUCACUUAACCCCCAAUUGUUCCUGAUGGCUGUGCCUGCAGCGUGUGAAUGGGUAUGAAAGAUGAGUGAUAGAAAAUGCACUGCACAUAGAUGCGCUGUGUGAAAGUGUGAGUGAAUGGGUGCGAAAGGCAAAACUGUAGUGUAAAGCAGCAUUUAAUGAUCAUCAAAAGAUCAUCACUAGAAAAGCACUUUGUAAAUACAGACCAUUUACUACACUGCGCUCACAAAUUUUCAAGGUCCAUUUAACACAACUCUUUCAAGUCUAGUUGGUAGGAGCCUCUAGUUUUGGUUGAGGAAGAGAAAUCAAUGAAGAACCUACAAAUGGGGUUGGCCUCCUGGUGAGAAACCACUGCUUUUGUGAAGUGCUGUGAGAUCAACUCCACAUUAGUUUGAACACAAGAUUCUACAGUCACUCAUUUUUUUAUGAAAGGAACCAUUGACAUGGAUACGGAAACGGAAAUCCAUAGCAACUCUACGGACACAGUAUGAAGUGGCCCUUAAAAUAUAUUAAAACAUUUACUGAAUUUUCUCCACACAGCCUCCUCGGUCAGUGUGCAGUGAGAGCUGUCCUCCAGGUACCCGCAUGGCCACAAAGAAAGGAGAACCUGAGUGUUGUUUUGACUGUGUCCCUUGUUCUGAGGGAAAGAUCAGCAAUACAACUGACUCCAUGGAGUGUACCAGUUGUCCAGAAGAUUUCUGGUCCAGCCCCCAGCGUGACCACUGUGUUCCUAAGAAAACAGAGUUCCUCUCCUAUCAUGAGCCUCUGGGUAUCUGCUUGACAACCACCUCACUGUUGGGCACAUUCAUCUGUGUCGUUGUUCUGGGCAUCUUCAUCCAACAUCACAGCACACCUAUAGUUCGUGCCAACAAUUCAGAACUCAGUUUUCUUCUCUUGGUUUCACUCAAAUUGUGUUUCUUGUGUUCAUUGCUCUUCAUUGGACGACCAAGAUCAUGGACUUGCCAACUUAGACAUGCAGCAUUUGGCAUCAGCUUUGUGCUUUGUGUCUCAUGUAUCCUGGUGAAAACCAUGGUGGUUCUGGCUGUGUUCAGGGCCUCCAAACCAGGAGGUGAGUCCAGUCUCAAGUGGUUUGGUGCUGUGCAGCAGAGAGGGACAGUUCUGGUUCUGACUUCUAUUCAAGCAGCAAUCUGCACUGUCUGGCUUGUCUCUGCUUCACCAGUGCCUCAUAAAAACACCCAGUAUCACAGUGACAAGAUAGUUUAUGAGUGUGAAGUUGGGUCCACAGUUGGUUUUGCAGUUUUACUUGGUUAUAUUGGUUUACUGGCUGUCCUCAGUUGUUUGUUAGCUUUUCUCGCAAAAAAUCUUCCAGACAGUUUCAAUGAGGCCAAACAUAUCACUUUCAGUAUGCUGAUCUUCUGUGCAGUGUGGGUGGCCUUUGUCCCUGCUUACAUCAGCUCACCAGGCAAAUAUGCAGAUGCAGUGGAGGUAUUUGCCAUCCUGGCCUCCAGUUUUGCCCUCUUGGUGGCGCUUUUUGGACCCAAAUGUUAUAUAAUCCUGUUGAGACCAGAGAGAAACACAAAGAAAGCCAUCAUGGGUCGAGGCACCACAAAGUAAAACUGAACACUGCUAUGGGACAGUAGAAAAAUCCGAAAACAGCUUUAUCUCUCUUCUUUAACCUUGUCUCUCUGCCUAUAUUUAAUUCUUGUAGGAACAAGAAGUAUUUUCUUUUUUUCAUUAUUUCAUCUUUAAUAAGCCAUGCCAUCUCAUUGAAGUCAGUACAUAUCGACCUGAAAAAUGUGGGUCCAUAAAGUGACAAUGCUAAGAGUUCUGCAGAAAAAUACUGUUAUUUUUUAUAGAUUUUUACUAAAUUAUUUCAACAAAACACCUUUAAUAAAGUGACAAUUUUAAAAGUUCUAUGACCACCAAACAAAAACCCUAAAUAUUUUUCACUGUUUCAAUUAUAGUAGAAUGGGGAAAUUGAUUAGAAAUGAAAUACACACCAACAUUGAUUCAAAAACACCUUUAUUUAAUGUAUUGAGUUGUAAAUUUAAAAUAUCAACCAAUUAUUCACAAACAGCUCUUCAGAGCCCCCCAGGAGGAAUUGAAAACUAAAAAUGAUAUUUCUCCAUAUGUGUGUCUUGUCUGUUAACAGUACUAUCAUGAAUCUGAAUGCUGGAUCUUUGGUGCAUAUGGGGGUGGGGGGAAGGGAAAAGGGACAAAGUAAGAGACACUGAAAAGUCCUUACUAUAAAAAACAGGAUUUUUUAUUACGUCAGUUUGUCAGUCCUCUGCCGAUGGUGAUUCACACAGCGAAGCAUCUCCACCUUAAAAACGAACCGCCGUGUAAUUCACACAGAAAGCCGGCGCUGCGGCUCCUAAAGAAGUGUGGCAGUACACGUCAUAAUGACGUGUGUUUUCAAGGUGUUUCCACGGUGUCCUCCUGACAAUCAAAACCCACAGACAGUUUAUAGUCCUAUGGAUGCUGUUAUAAUGUGUAGUGAUUGAGAAAGUGACAAAGUUAUGUUUUUUGCACUAAAUUAUGUAAUCGCCAUUAGUGACCAGGACGCUGUCUGACUCCCUUACUCGCAGGGACGGAGGCAUUUUUCCGGGGGAAAGUUCACUGACGUUUCUUUGCCGGUGACAGACGCUGUUUUUGGGCAGACGUGAUGAAGAGUCAGUAGGACGGGUGGGAGGACAGACAGGAGGACGGACGCUUCUCCACGUACUGCUGUGGUAUUGUUUUCCUCAUAGGUUGCCAAAGACAGUUACAGUUACUGUUGUUUGGUCAUGUAAUGUUGCUUUGUGGGACAUGUCGGUAGGUAAACUGUGUAGUUUACCCACCGACACUCCCCAGCUCUGCCAGCUUAUCUGUUCACACUGGUUCGGUUCUCCAAUAAUUCGGCCCUGAUACUACCUCUGGAGGCGGAUCAGCGCCGGAGCGAAAAUUCACCCCUCGCCGCAUCUUAGACUUUCACACAGAGGAGCACAGAAUUGGCACAGGAUCCCCGCAUGCAAACGGAAGUGUGAAUGGGGCUACUGAUAACUAGUGUCGUCACAAUACCAAAAUUAUGACAUCAGUACGAUACCCGACUAAAAUAUCUCGAUACCGAUACUGAAACGAUACCACGGAAAAAAACAAAAACAUCAUCAAAAAGUAAUGGAAUAAAAUAUUACAAUGUGGAACUUAAAAUGAUUUCAUUUCUGAUCAAGACAAAUAAACACAGCUACUGCUUUGUUCAGUC